AAGCAGCCCAGUAAGUACAUAGUCAACAACCAAAGCAUCAGAGAGUAGUACAGAUACCUACACAAAUUUUACUGAAAUCUCUCUUGAAUCGCGGUUGUAAACCUUUUUUAUUUAGUGUGAAUGUGUAGUGUGUGUGCGCCGACCCGGCUGAUUUAGGGCUCCACAUCGCCUCCACAUCGGUUCCACAGUGCGGAUGAAGAAGAUUUUGUGAAAUUACCAAUUACAGAUUAUAGCCUACUUGUUUAGCCUGAUAAUACAUUUCUGUCAGGGGUCCUGGAUUUACACAGAAGAAGAACGGGGAGCCGAUCAUCCGUCGUUCUCUUGGUACCAGGGAGCACGUGACCCCGGAGAUGAACAAGCUUCGUCAGAGCCUGAGGAGGAAGAAGCCCACCUACGUGCCAGAGGCCAGCAGACCGCAUCAGUGGCAGGCUGACGAGGAGGCUGUACGUAAGGGCAAAUGUAACUUCCCUGUUCGGUACCUGGGGUUGGUCGAGGUGGAGGAGUCGAGAGGAAUGCACGUAUGCGAGGAUGCAGUGAAGAAGCUAAAAAUUAGUGGGAAAAAGACAGUCAAGGCAGUAUUGUGGGUUUCAGCAGAUGGACUCAGGGUGGUGGAUGACAAAACUAAGGACCUUAUUGUAGACCAGACCAUAGAGAAGGUUUCAUUCUGCGCCCCUGAUCGCAACUAUGACAAGGCGUUCUCCUACAUCUGCAGAGACGGUACUACCAGACGGUGGAUGUGCCAUUGUUUCAUGGCUCUCAAAGACUCGGGGGAGAGACUUAGCCAUGCAGUUGGCUGUGCCUUUGCCGCCUGUCUGGAGAGGAAGCAGCGCAGGGAGAAGGAGUGCGGCGUGACGGCUUCCUUUGAUGCCAGUCGCACCUCAUUUGUGCGUGAGGGCUCCUUCCGCACUAACCCUUCCUGCCAGCAGAGCAGCAGCAGCGACAGAGAUGAGAAGCUGCAGGACAAGAAGAAAGACCAACCUUCUGCCAUCCCAGCCCUCCCACCUGGGACUGCCUCCCCACCCGAAGGUGCAGCCUCCCCCAUGGAGCGGCCGGAGCCUGGCGGGCCUCACGCAAUCCCUCGCCGCCACGCGCCCAUCGAGCAGCUGGUGCGCCAAGGCUCGUUCCGGGGAUUCCCGGCCCUCAGCCAGAAGAACUCUCCCUUCAAGAGGCAGCUGUCACUCCGUCUCAACGACCUGCCAUCCACACUGCAACGCAAGACCGACUUCCAGGACAAGAACCCUGUACCAGAGAUGGAUAUGGGGUUGCCAGAUGAGGGAGACUGUAGUAUCAACGCCCUGUGUAGCCAGAUCAACACCUCCUUCACCAAUCCAUCGGAAGAGCUUUUCUCCAACCCCGCUUUGUCUGCAAAUGGCCCUCCAACCUGCACUGUCCCCCCUGCCCUGCCUCCGCCACCUGCACCAGUGCAGGGCACCUCUUCCUGGGCGCAGCCCGAGCCUCCUCUCCACUCCCCUCCUCCUGUUUCUGUGGCGAUGCAGAUGCAGAUGCAGAUGCAGAGUGGACACAGACGCACACCCUCCGAGGCUGAGAGAUGGUUGGAAGAGGUCUCAAAGGCUGUCAAGGCUCAACAAACCCCUCCUCCAGGCCCCACCAUCCCCACCAUCCCUGGACCACCCUCCAUGUCAAAUCAGACAGUCAUCUCAGCCGCCCCAGUGUCCACUGUUCCUAUGUCCCUUGGCACCAUGUCCAAACCUCACCACUCAGGCCCCUCUGCUCACUCAGGUCAGAAGCCGAUGCAACUCCCACCCAUGGUAAUAUCAUCAAUUCCUCUAAUACCAGGCCCUCCAGUGUCAGGUCCUCCUAUGUCGCUACCUUCCAUGUCCAUUCCCACAAUGUCUGGUCCGAGCAUGUCUGGGGCCCCCAUGAUUCAGCCCUCCCUUCCUGGGCCCCCAGGCUCCAUUCCAAGCUCCAUGCAACCCUUCCCCUUGGCUUUUGAUACCACCCCAGCACCUGUGGGAAUGUUCACCAGCCAGCCUGUCCAGCCGGCAUUUGUGCCCAUGCAGACCUACAUGCCAGGCCUGGCCAGCAGUAUGACAUAUCCUAAUGCCAGCAUGCCUGUGGUAGGCAUCACACCAUCCCAAAUGGUAGCUAAUGUCUUCUGCACCGCUACAGGCUCAUCCGGGGCAGGUGGAGCCAUGGGCUCGGCCCUAGGAGGACCCAAAGUCGGGGCCCUUGGAGCAGCCGGGCAGCACCAUUCUUACCCAAGUGUACCUAGUGCAGUCGGACACCCUGGAGGGUUUUCCUCCCCGGCAUUCUCUCCCACUCCGACAUUAUCAACAGCCAUUAAUGGCCUCCCCCCGCACAGCAGCGCCAUGGCCCUACAGAAUGGGAACUCCAACAGUGGCAGGAAUGGUGGCAGCAGUAGUAGCAGCUGGCCGCCAGAGGGCAGCCAGUUAACAGCUCUGCCCCCCAACAAUUCCCAAGACGAUGAUCGUUUUGAGGCCAAGUGGGCAGCAUUGGAGGCCAAACCAGCAUCUCAGCAGCCUGGGAAUAAGGCACCGGCUGCUGCAGCCAACCCAUUUUCAAACAAUCUUCAAAAGACUUUUGAAAUAGAGCUUUAAGUCUGAGUUGGCCUCUCAAAACUGUAGCUCUAGCCCUGGUGUUAAAACCUGUGAAUGUCUGGCUUAGAACAGGUUGCAGGUCCUUAAAGUUAGCCUAACAUUUGACCUGUGGCAGCCUAGAAACUUCCUAAAAGCUAUCAUGGGAGUAAAUGUUAUAAUGAUCUUAAUUGCUUUCUUUACACUCCCAUGAGAGCUUUAGAGGAAGUCGGCAGAUAGCUGGUCUGCCAUUGGAGGAUCAGUUCUCUAGCUCACCACACUUGAUGGACUGAAUCCUUCCACUCCACCCGCCAAUGACCUCACUUUCCUGCUUUCACUUCUCUACUCUGGCUUUACUUUACUCAAGUCCCUGGAUGUACUAUAUGUGCUCCCCCUGAGGAUGUGUGUGUGUGUGUGUGUGUGUGUGUGUGUGUGUGUGUGUGUGUGUGUGUGUGUGUGUGUGUGUGUGUGUGUGUGGGGGGGGGGGGGGGGGGGGGGGGGGGGUGCGGGACAGCUAAGUGGUUUCUAUCUCUAAAAGGGGACUCCACUCAGAUGCAUUCCAAACCCAGGAGAAUUCAGAGGAUAUGGCUACAUCACAAGACGUGCAGAGAACAGAUUUGUUGACUGAUGAUCUUAGCCAAGCACAGCAAAAGUUUGGAUACCUGAAAGGACUAUGAAGGCAAUGAUGGAAGACCUGACUCAACCAACCUAAAAGGACUUACUGACUAAUAGUAGAGAUUUAUGGCCAAAUUAUUUUAUUUAUUGUAUUUUUAUUUGAACAAGUUAUGUAUACUUUAACAUUUUAAAGCAGUGUUUCAGGAGCGUGUUGUUUUUCCAUCCCUUAUAUUUAUUUUUGUUGAACUGUAAAGAGGAGGAAAAAUUACUGAUAGCAGACAUGUGUUAUUGGGCAUCAGUAAAGGAAAAAGCAUUGUGGGAAACUGAGUCAUGUAACAGGAACCAAAUAGUCAGGGCUUACAGUACAGCAGGGUGUAUUGUCACAUGGGAGACAGUGUAUAUAGUGGCAUGUUUCUUUCACCUGUUAGCCCUCACAUAUAUAUGCUCCACUGCUGGUGAGUCCAGUUGAGUCAAUAUGGCUUCUCUUUGGCUCUGUUGCACAUUUCUAUUGCUUAAGCCUAUCUUCAAAGGUUACUUGGACAUGAUAAAUCACUUCAGUAUAUCCAGCACAUAGACACUCUGGACAAUACAGCACAAGGACUUCAUCUUCUCCCGACAAACCCAAUAAACUUUAACAACUCAGUGGAAACACUAUACAGCACUGUGCAACUAGUUGGAAAACAUGAUGCACUAAAUUCCAACAUUUGUAAUGUGUUCAAACACAGGGUAUAGUCUCAUCAUGUACAGUAUGAUUUUGUAUUCACCUCUAUUGUACUACUGUAUGCAGUAGCACUACACUCAUUACAGAUUAUGGAAUUGAUGAUUAGAGGUAAAGAGAAGACAAAGAUGAGCAGACAUAAACCAAGGCAUAGCAAAUGAAAGGACUGAGUUAAUUUAAAGACUUAUUUCAUAUGCAGAAUUAUUAAGGACAUUUGCUUGAGAUAUUAACAGGAAGAGAAAAUAUAGCAGAAGAACACAAAGUAGAUUGUGAAUGAAGGACGGAGAAUCUGUAUGUGAGAGACUGAAGGAGAGAAUGGAGUCAUACAUUUCAAGAAUGAGAUGGAGGAAGUCUGAAGAAAGGAAAAUAAGAGGAUAUGAAAAAAGAGAUAGGAGUGAGAAAUAAAGUGCAUAAAAAAUAUUGAGAACAAAGACACAUUCAUUACGUAGCCCACAACCUAAGCAUUGUCUGCUUUUUUUACCAUCUUUUUAUCUCAAGGCUGAGCCACGUCAGCAUCAUGUUCCUCAGCUUCUGGAACGUGAGAAACAACAGUUUUGAUUCCAUUUUAAAAAGAGGUUGCUUAUUAUAUAACUGCAGUCUCAGUCUGAAGUAUGUGCAACUCCCUAAAUAGUUCAAUAAGGUCAACAAAGCUGUCUGUGUUUUUACUUGCAGUUAAAAUCGCAGAAGAAAAUGCAAUUAUUAUAAAGCUGACAGGCACAUUACAGGUGGUCUCUGUCUGUAAUCUGACCGGAGAUGCUCCUGUUAUGUUCCCUGGGAAUUGAAUUGUAUGGAUAUGGACUGCCACUGAUUAGAUUCCCUGCUCUUUAACUGCCCUUAGUUUAAUUAACUUAUUAGGUAUCUUCCCGUGGCAGCGAUCCCGUCUAAAAUGCUGCCUUCUCAGAGAACAUAACUUGAUGUGCCACCGGCCUGAUUUGUAGCAUCUCGGCUCCGCCCAGUGUUUUUGUCCUUUGCUGUUUUUUUUGGAUGAAUCAAUAUUUCUUUCCCACCAAAAACAAGUCCAAGUUGCUCUCUCUAUCCUCCUCUCUCCUCAAGACCAGACUGGUUCACUCAUGAAAUCAAUGCUUUUAUUUGAUUGAAAAUAUAUUUUUGCUCUCGACUCUUCUUUGCACGGCCUCCAAAUUUUAAAUGUAGGUUAAUUGUGUUCGGCGUUAAAGCAAACUAAAUGACCUCAUAAACUUGAUUGUAAAACCAUAGUUUAGUGAUGGUAACAAAGCAAACCAGUGGAAUUUAUUUUUAAUCUUUAUUUACAGAAUUUUUGUAUUUAAACCUGCAUAUUUGUAUUGUAAUUACAUUGUACAAAAGAUAAAUAAAAUAAUAUAAUAUUA